UUUAGACUUUAAAAGCACAUUAGCAUACACACAUUGGCGCCAGUCGGAGCCCUGCAGUCUAUUGUCGAUGAAGUUUAACUGAGGCAAACUGGCUAUGCCAUGCUGACUAGCCCUAAUAAGGACGAAAACAGCUGUCCAUGGUUGCCGAACUGCACGGGUAAUAGACUGUGCUAGCGUCCCGUCUUGGCCCGACUGGUGCCACUGUUAAUUAAGUCCACUUAUUAGUUUUAGAGACUAGUCGAGUGCGAGAGUGCGCCACUUCGAUGUCUUUUUCACAUUUUCAAAAAGUACUCGGACCUGGCGCCCGUUUCUCGAAACACCCGAGUAUUUUCGGGCCCGAAAACUUUUGCGUGUUUUCCUUUGUAAGAACCGCUUUCAUGUUAGAACAGUUUGAACUUCCUCUUGGUUCAUAUUCCAAAUGAUUACGCUCAAUAGGGCCUUUUUUGAAGUUUUGCUAAACUAAAAAAGUUACCCGAAAAUUCUCGGGUGACUCUGAGGUCCCGAUAACUUUCUUAAUAUUUAAGCCAUGUGACUUUCGGGCCCGAGAAGUUCGGGAAAGAUCAAAAUCUAAAAAUCUAUAAAAAAAUCAUCCUUAACUUGAAUCUUUGUGGUAAAAUACGAUGUUUGACGAUAUUUCAACACAUCCAGAUACCAUAAAUUUUACAGGAAUUAGCCAGCUUUCCAAAUUAAGGAAUAGAAACGAUUUCGUGCCCGAGAUAUCUCGGGUGUUUCGAGAAACGAGCCCCUGGCAUUGUGCUGUUAUAUCAGCAAGAAAGGCUAAGAAGCGUUCAGGAUUUAAAGGGAAGCCAGCCUGGAAAAAGAAAGCCGAGAAAAGUGUGCCUAAAUUCGUGUUCGUUGCGGAUUCUGAUGUUGGUGAAGAGGACGAUGAGCCAGAAAAAGGAAACCCGAUUUCUGCUUCAAAGAGAAAACUUUCGUACUCUGAAUCAGAUGAAGAGAAUUCACUCAAUGAGGUUGCAAAUGCUGAAGGCUAUCGUCUCGUUUUUAUGGAUAGUUUGAGGGAUAUCGCUCAAAGGAUUCAUGGUUUCUCAGGAUGCGAAGGAAAAGUAUCAGUUGUAGAAGAUCCAUCAAAGUGCUUUGGUUUGUGUAGCAGUCUUUUCAUCCAGUGUGAUUCCUGCGAUCUAAAUGAAUUCUUCAGCACUGGUAAACAUUCGCUAUCGGAUCUUGCUCCAAGGACCAUGCAAGGUAGAGACGUUAACAGAAGAUCAGUGUUUGCUGCAAAUGAAGUUGGCCUAAGGAGAGAGGGAAAUAGCAGCCAUCUGUGAAAUGUUUGACAUGCCACCUCCAGUUGCCCCCACUGCCUGGGCGACACAUAAUGAGCUACUCUACCAGCAGCACUUUGUUGCGAUGAAUGAACAAUUAGAGAAAAGCCAGGCUGAAGAAAAAGAACUGUGCAAAAACAAUGGCUUGACAGUUACCUCAGUCAGUUUUGAUGGCACCUGGGCAAAAAGAGGGUUUACUUCAAACCAUGGUGUUGGCUUUGCAAUUUCUACCGAAACUGGGAAAGUACUUGACUAUGCGGUAGUGUAAAAAAACUGCAAUGCCUGCAAUAUACAGUCCAAAAAGCUGUCUGUUGAGGAGUUCGAACAAUGGGCUGAAGACCAUGAAUGCCCUGGUGGCUAUGAAGGCUCUAGUCCCAGUAUGGAGACCUCAUGUGCCAAGAAAAUCUGGAACAAUAGCAAGGACACUGGCCUAGAAUACAGGUUUAUGGUGUCAGAUGGUGACUCAAAGGCUUUUGAUGAGGUGAGACUGUCUACAUUAUGACAAUAUGGAUAAAUCUUCACCUGAAUAUAAGCAAUGGAAAAGCUCUCCAGCUUAUAAACGUCAUUUAGGCGAAUACAUGGAUGAUAAGUCAAACUAGCCGCAGAGUCAUGAAGUUGGACUGUGUUGGACACGUCCAAAAGCGGAUGGGCAAAGCCCUGCGUAAAGCCCAAGAGACAAAAGGCAAACUUGCUGAUGGCAAACCAGUGGGCGGCAGGUCAGGGAGGCUUACAAAGUCUGCAAUCGAGAAAUUGCUAUGGGAAUACAAUAAGGAAUAAUGUGAAACAAGGGGUCUUGUUAACCGAUCAAAGGGCAAAAGCAAUCUCAAACAUGAAAAUGGAGAUCAUGGCUGGCCUUUACCAUAGCUGUAAGUUGCCAGUGAAAGAAAGACUCCAGUUUUGUCCUGUAAACUCCUGGUGUGCAUAUAAGAAUUUAACCAAGACAUUUAAGGAGAAAAAGCACCACCUAGACCCUGUCUUCGUAGACUCUCUCAAGCCUACCUAUGUUCGGCUUACCAGUGAUGCCCUCUUAGAGAGAUGCUUGCCAGGAAAUACCCAGAAUCCAAAUGAGUGCUUGAACUCUCUUGUGUGGCUGAGGUGCCCCAAGCACAGAUGGUUUGGCCGGAAGCGUGUGGAGAUGGCAGCAGUCUCUGCUGCUCUGCACUUUAGCUCGGAGGCCACUGCAAAGAACAGAGUGAUGGAGCUAGCUGGCAUACCUGCUGGAGCCCAAACUGCAGCAGCAAGUACAAGGAGAGACAAGCAGAGGGUAAAGAGUGCUGAAAAGAGAACUUCUGAGAACUUCAAAAAGUACAGAAGAUCUAUUCGCCGUGUGAAUGUUCGGGUUGAAGAACGUCGAGUGAAUGAGGAGGGAACCACAUAUGAGGCCGGGGGUUUCUAGACGUGAAAACAAACAUUUAGUAACCAUCAAGAAGACUGAGACAUCUUAUUUUUUAAACAGCAGGCAUGAGUAAAUCAGAUUGUUAUCAUUUUUUCACAAUAUUAGCCUUUUUUGACCAUCUUGUGAAGAAAUUGCCUAUUCUCAAACUUUAAAGUGUUUUUUUUUCUAAGAGGAGGGUUUAUAUAUAAUGUCGCGACUGCCCAAUCUCAUAUCUUUUAGAGUAUUUGGUAUUUUUUGCUGAAAUUUUCAGGAAAUGCUGCUGAUAUAAUUGCCUUUAUGAUUUUUUGUCAACAAUAAUUGUGUAAAAUGUGAUUUCCUUAAAAAAAUCAAAGAUUUAUAGAAAACAAAUCAUUCAUUAUGUAAAGCUAUCUUAUUUUAACAGAAAACAAUAAAAAUAUGCUGAAAAGCAUACAAUGCAGAGUCGUAAAUAAGUUGGGCAGCAAGCCACGAUGAUUAUAACGGCUCAAGUUAAUUGGUUAAUAAUUAACUCACCAAUAGUUAGAUAUUAAUACAAUUACGACCAAAUGAAAGCCCACUCUUUGAUGAUUACAUACGUAUAUAACAUGCCUUGUUAACUGCUUUGUUGAGUCUGUAACACUUUAACGAAUAUUGCACCACAUUUUACCCAAUUUUGACUGUAAUCCCGCCUUGAAUGUUAUGUUGCAGAUUUAGCAAAGAGGCUAAAAGCAAAUGGCUUUGUAGGGCUUGACUCAGUGG